GAAAUAAUGGUGUUAUCGAUAAGUGCGUAUUGAGUUCUCCAUCCCUUGCUAUAGCACGUUUCGGAAGAAAGUUUUUUUUGACAAUAAGAUAAUUAAUAUUUUAAUUGGCUUAUACAAUGAAUAACCAAAUUAUUUGCGAUCAAGUCUUUCUUGCGCAUGCUGAAGAUGAAUUGUUACUUAUUUACGACGAUGAAAUUAAUUUCCAUGAGGAGCCUGCCCCAAUCCUUGAUGACGUCUGGAAAAGCGAAGACGACGUGACUCCAGAAGAGAUUCAAGUCGAAGUCGAAGACUACGGAGCUUUACAGGAAGUAGAGGACACUCCUAUAGUUUACGAAAUCUCGGAUAGCGAGAAUGAAAUGACUCCAGAAGAGAAUGUGCAAAAAAUUGUCACUUACGAUGUAGACCUUUCGGCCAUAAUCCAGACUUGCGAUAUCUUUCAUCCAGAAAAACUUCUGGUCUACAUUCACGGUCAAAAUUUCACAUUUCCAGAUUCGGGAUUCUUUGCGGAGCAGUGCGAUAACUUGAAUGCACUCAAUGUGACCUACAAUACGAUCUGGUCUCAGACUUUUAGCCGUUCUCCUGGAGAAGUGACCGAUGUGACCGACUUAAUCCUUCAUCGCAACCACGACUUCAUCUUCCAGGCACACUCGCCGCCAUCGAUCCCCAGCUUGCAUGCCGAACAUUGUCCUCGUCACCGCAAAACCACACGAAACGUCUUCUGGGCCGACAUGGAGGAGGUGUCCUGCAUCUUGCUGCAUACGGCGGCCGCCCAUGCAGAGCCCCCCGCUUAUGUGCACGACGACACGGUUACUUUUGUUGCCAAGGGUCUCACCUUGGCCAAGGAGUACAUGACUGAUGGGGAAACUGCCCCGAGCGGACCGCAGAGCAUCGGUCGCCUGGUGGCCGCCAUUGUCAUGGACAGGAAGUCGGCCGUUGUAAUGGCAUAUGCCGUGAGCCACUUCGUUCCUCAGACUUUGACCGAUGACAACACAGGCGAAGUGUCGGGCCUAACGCUCAAUAACAUCAUUCGCGGAUUUGCCAUCAACGACCACUUCCGUCGCAUCAUUAUCGAAAAGACCUGUCCCGUUCUUCCCGUGGUGAACCAAAUUCCAAACUAAUAGUUCCCAGGCAUCGCAUCAAAUCAAUUUAUAUAAUUCAUGUGGCUAGUUUGAGCAUUUAGGAGGGUAACACAAGAACAACCAGAAAACUGAAUAAAAGUAUUAA